AUGGACCUGCAAAGCAACACAAGCAAAGAGGUCAACCCAGUAGAAGCUAGGGCAGCCAAAACAGAAGCAUCACAUCUACAUAUGACUGGAAAACAAAAACAGACAGAACAUAAAAAUGCUCCACCCGAGUAUCGAUCCGUACCACCAUACCCAAARCGGCUGCAAAAGAAAGAGCGGGAUGUGCAAUUUCAAAAGUUCCUUGAUGUGCUGAAGCAGCUGUAUGUUAACAUACCGCUAGUGGAAGCAUUGGAUCAAAUGCCGACUUAUGUGCGUUUCCUUAAGGACAUUCCCACAAAGAAAAUAAAGUUGGGAAAAUAUGAAACGGUGACAUUGACUAAGGCCUGCAGUACUAUCCUCACAAGCGAAAUUCCGGAAAAGAUGAAGGAUCUUGGGAGCUUUACCAUACCCAUUUCCAUUGGAGGACAGAAGAUAGGACAUGCGUUAUGCGAUUUAGAAGGGAGUAUCAAUCUCAUGCCCUUAUCCAUUUACAGGAAGUUGGGGAUGGGAGAAGCGCGGCCGACAACAGUCACAUUGCAAUUAGCAGAUCGAUCAAUCACAUAUCCUGAAGGAAAAAUUGAGGAUGUUUUAGUGCAAGUAGAUAAAUUUAUUUUCCCUGCUGACUUUAUUAUUUUGGACUAUGAUGCAGAUAAGGAGGUUCCUAUCAUUCUGGGAAGACCAUUCCUUUUAACUGGAAGAGCGCUUGUGGAUGUCCAAAAAGGCGAGCUAACAAUGCGUGUUCAAGAUCAGGAAGAGAAGUUCUCAAUCUAUGAUUCCAUGAAAUUUCCUACUGGAAAAGAAGAAUGCUGA